AUGAAUAUACUGAGGCGAUUUCCGGCGAAUUUGAUCGCGAGCAGGUACUACUACACUAACAGAUUGAGAAAGACGACACUUUACUCCAAAAUCAGUCCUUUAGGAAACCCUAAAUCAAGCGUCUACCCAGAACUCCAGAACUGGGUUCAAUGCGGGAAGAAAGUCUCUGUUGCUGAGCUUAUUCGCAUCGUUCACGACCUUCGUAGACGCAAACGCUUCCGCCACGCUCUCGAGGUUUCAAAAUGGAUGAACGAGACUGGUGUAUGCGUGUUCUCUCCAACGGAACACGCUGUUCAUCUCGAUCUCAUUGGCAGAGUCCAUGGAUUCGUCUCUGCAGAAGAGUAUUUCGAGAACCUCAAGGAGCAAUACAAGAACGACAAGACUUACGGAGCGCUUCUGAAUUGCUACGUCAGGCAACAGAACGUUGAGAAAUCUCUGCUGCAUUUUCGGAAGAUGAAGGAGAUGGGUCUCGCUUCUUCCUCUCUCACUUACAACAACAUCAUGUGCCUCUACACGAAUCUCGGCCAGCACGAGAAAGUCCCCAGUGUAUUGGAUGAGAUGAAGGAAGACAAUGUUUCUCCUGAUAACUUCAGUUUCAGGAUCUGCAUUAAUGCUUUCGGUGCUAUGUCUGAUCUCGAGAGUCUUGGCGCCAUCUUGCGGGAUAUGGAGAGGCAACAGUAUAUGACAAUGGACUGGAACACUUAUGCUGUCGCAGCAAAGUUCUAUAUCGAUGGUUGUUAUCGUGACAAAGCGAUUCAGCUUCUUAAAAUGUCGGAAAAUUUAUUGGAGAGUAAAGAUGGUGAAGGUUACAAUCAUCUCAUUACGCUCUAUGCUAGGUUAGGUGAAAAGGGAGAGGUGUUAAGGUUAUGGGAUUUGGAGAAAGAUGCUUGUAAAAGGCGAAUCAAUCAGGACUGUCUUACGGUGUUGCAGUCACUUGUGAAGAUUGAUGCUUUGAAAGAAGCUGAGGAGGUGCUUACGGAAUGGGGAUCGUCGGGAAACUGUUACGACUUUCGAGUCCCUAGUGUCGUGAUCCGUGCGUACGUUGGGAAAUGUAUGGAGGAGAAAGCAGAAGCGAUGCUUGAAGAUCUAGCGAGGAGAGGGAAAGCUACCACACCAGAUUCUUGGGGGCUUGUGGCUGCUGUUUAUGCAGAAAAUGGUGCUUUGGAUAAUGCUUAUAAGUGUUUGAAAACUGCGUUAGGUAUAGAAGUGGGGAACAAAAAAUGGAGACCUGGGAUGAAGCUGGUCACGAGUGUGUUGAGUUGGCUCGGGGAUGAAGGAAGCUCGAAAGAAGUAGAGAGCUUUGUUGCUUCUCUUAGGAACUGUAUCGGUGUGAACAGACAGAUGUAUCAUGCUCUUGUUAAAGCUGAUAUAAGAGAAGGCGGAAGCAACGUUGACGCUCUGUUGCAGCGCAUGGAAGACGACAAGAUUGAAACCGAUGACGAAACCACGGCGAUUCUCAGCACAAGAAGUCCCUGCUGA